AUGGGGCUCGGGACAAGGGAGAGCCGUCCCGAUGCUCCGGGCUCGGAGGGAGCGCGGGACGCCGGCGGCGACUCUCCAGGCAGGCUCCUCCUCUGCGCGGGGUUCCGGGACCGGAGCGGGGGACCCCGCGGAGGUGUUCUAUUUCCUACCGAAGGCAGCGGGACGGCUGGGCUAGGGGUGGCGGCGUUCCUCGGGGAGCGGAUCGGCUCGGCACGGCUCCGCCUCACCGUGCGCUUUCUUUCCGUACAGCCGCUGCUGGAGGAGGGCGAGACCUGGAAGGAGUGCAAGCUCGUACAGCAAGUGAGCGCCGAGGUCACAAAAUGGAUUCAGGCAAACCAGAGGAUCAGAAAAAGCAGCAAAAAGAAAAGAAAGCAGGAUGAAGUUGUUUUUCAGAAGCUGCUCCCAGACCAGCUGGUCUUACUUCUGGAGUAUCUCCUGGAAGAGAAGACACUGUGUCCUAGAACACUACAGCGCUUAGAGAAGACAUACCAGCUCCGUGACCAGGAUGCUGAGGUAAAUCACUAA